AUGAGCACCAGCACAUCCCAGGGAGACGAUGGCCCGGCCGACAGCAUGGCUAACGAACCUGAACUGGCUCGCCCCGGGAGCCACGCCCCUACCUCAAAGUCAGACUCAAGUGACGAAGAAACUGUGAAGGGAGACCCGGACCAGGGCCACAUCACCGAGCUUCCGGAAAGCGAGUCCCCGCCCGCGGAAUCUCGGAUCGCAGCCCCUGCGCCGAGGAGCGCGAUCGCACAGCGCUAUCGCCAGCUCCUCGAGGCCGAUCGUGAGAGCACCUCAGAAGAAGGGUUGGCCGAUGCCUUGCCCAGGAUUGCAAUCAGCCCUUCUGGCUCGAGCCAAGACAUCCCAGACGACACGCCCUCCAUACAGGGUUCGGUGAUAUCGUCCCCCAGCAGCGGCAUACACCCCCCUCUGUCUGCCCGUCUGGGAGUCUCCAGCCCGACGCCCUCCUUCAGGCCUUUCGACCAGCGAUUCCGAUCCCGGAUUGCCUCUCCAUUCCUUUCCUCUCCGCGACCUUCGUCCCCAGCCCCAGUUCCUGGCCACAGUCGGACUGUUUCGUUGAGCAGCCAGUUUCUGCUCCAUCCUGCCGAGACCGAGACACCAUCGCCGCCAUGGGAGGUCGUCCGCUGGACUAAGUUAAGAAAACUCAAUGAGCAGGUGUUCUCCGAGGCGGGAAAGAGGAAUUUCGGCACUCCGACUUGCUUCGCUGUCGCGUCUGCCAUCGUCCUUGGCACUUCGAAAGGGAUCAUCCUGAUGUUUGACUACAACCAGAAUCUUAAGAUGAUCAUCGGCCCUGGAACAAAAGCCGUGGAAUCUGGUCCUGUCACCGCCAUCGCCAUUUCCGCCGAUCACACCACUAUCGCUGGCGGCCAUGCAAACGGCAACAUCUUCACCUGGGAUACCACCAAGGGGGCUUCCCGGCCGUUCCUUAGCAUCCCUCAUGUGGAUAGGUCGCGUCUGAACUCGAAGUUGAUGGAUGGCCAUGUUCCUGGAGUUGCUGUCACGCACCUUGGUUUCCUGGGUACUCGCCACACGGCUCUCGUUUCGGCUGAUGACCGUGGGAUGGCAUUCUCCCAUCUUGCAACGAGAGGCACUGGACCCAUUGGCAGAACGGUUAUAACUACGAGGAUAUUAGGCCGGUACCCUGAUGCUAAACCACCUCCCGGAAAGACACUGAAGCCCAGCACGGUGUUGGCCUUCGCAUCUUUGCCUCUCGGUAAUGUCGAGAUGGCUACGGAUACUAUGGGCCUCACUGCAAUGCUGACCCCUUACCUACUUGUCAUCGUAUCGACGACUCCAAUUGCCCAAACUCAGCACAAGUCCGCGCGACCCAAGGAGGUCGCAGCCCAUAGCGCUUUAACUGGUUGCCUCGCCUGGUUUCCUGCGGUUAGGCUCAAAGUGGCCGACCCUGUUACCGGGAGCAACGUCUCCAAGGUCAAGCUCGUUUAUUGCUGGUCCAAUGUCCUCACUGUUUUGGAUGUGGACGAGAUCCCAUCCGAAGACAAAGACAAACCACCAAUUCUCAAGUUCAAGGCGCGGAGCCGUUGGAAGUGCGAAGAGUCCAUCGUUGCGGUGCAGUGGUUGAGCCGCUCUGUCUUGACAGUGCUCACUAUCUCGCAGAGACUCAUUGUUCUCGAAGACCAUUCCAUGCGCAUGACCGAGGCUUUCGACCUUAUCCACAAACACAUCUACCAUGUCGACCUGUUCUCCAGGCAACUGGGCCCUGUGGUAGAGAGCCUCGAUGAAGAAGAUCCCACACUACACGGUGUCGUGGCUGAUGCCUUUUACAUGAGCUUCAAGACAUACAAGGGCCGUCUCUUCCUGCUUGGCGUCAACGAUGUGUCGAUCGGGACUCUAUCGAACUGGGCCGAUCGUCUGAUCGCCCUUAUGGAAAAUGGUGACUACGUUAGUGCCAUCAAGUUGGCAACAGCGUACUAUAAUGGCGACGCCAACAAGCUUACAGUUGGGCUACCCGAGGAUGCCGUACUAAGGCACAAUAUGGUGCGGGAUAAGCUGAUGGAGAUCAUGGGUUCAUCGUUGAGGUACGCUUUUGGUCAGCGGCAAAGGAACCAUGACUCGGCAGAUGACAAGCACUUGCAAGAGCUUGCCCAAACGUGCUUCACCGCUUGUCUGAGUGUUGGAGAUGUCGAUUUCCUUUUUGAUGAGAUGUUCGAAUCCUAUGAAGAUGCCGGGGUUCAGGGCAUCUUCCUCGAGACUCUGGAGCCAUAUAUCCUGGAUGGAUCAAUCACGGCCGUUCCACCGGCCGUGGUAAAGGUCAUGGUUGGACAUUUUGUCAACAGAGGCUGGGAAAGUCGACUUGAGGAGAUGAUAUGCCACAUGGACACAUCCACACUAGAUUUGGAUCAAGUGACCCAGCUCUGCAAACAGUACGGCCUCUACGAUGCCUUACUCUAUGUGUGGAAUCAGGCCAUGCACGACUUCAUCACUCCGCUCUUCGACCUACUAUCACUCUUGGUGCCGUUGACACAGAGUGACCAAAUAUCCAAAGACAUGGAGCUACAAUCUGUGAACGCUCUCAAGAUAUUUCCUUAUCUUUCCUACAUCCUCACCGGCAGGGUCUAUCCAACAGGGGAGGAGCUCGGGGAAGAAAUUGCGUUCAAGGCGAAGGCUGAGCUAUACUGGUUGCUCUUUUCGGGGAAGAGUGUCGUAUGGCCGAAGGGCAGCAACCGGCGCUUGUUGACCAGACCACAACAGUCUCAGGAGCCCUCCUUCCCUUAUUUGCGCCUUAUUCUCGAUUUCGAUGCCCCCAGUUUUAUGAGCGCUCUGAACGAAGCCUUUGAAGACUCAUUUCUGAACGAUUCUCCUGAUAGGAUGGCUAGCAAUGGCCGAGAUUUGCCCGAAGAGCAGGUUUUCGGCCAAACAGUCAAUCGGCAGUAUAUCGUCUCCAUCCUGAUCGAGCUGAUGAACUCUGGCGAUUACUCACCAAACGACACUAUCUACCUAGAUAUGUUCAUUGCCAGAAACCUCCCAAAGUAUCCUCAGUAUCUUCUUUUCCCUGGCUCGGUUCUCUCGAAGGUGCUACUUGGGUUGUGCAAAUACCCGGGAGAAGAUCUAGCCGAGGAUGCCCAGCUCAGUGCUGAGUAUCUUCUCUCUGUCUACCAACCCCCGGAUAUGACUGAGUUCAUGCCCUUGUUCAAGAAGGCCGGAUUCUACCGCAUACUGAAACGUAUCUACCAGGUCGACAAGCAGUACGGCAAGCUCAUUCAAACGUACUUUGAAGACCCAGACGACCGCGAGGGUGUCUUUAGCUGCAUUGCGUCAUGUCUACGGCUGUCACCAGGCCUUACCCGGCGCCAGAUCCAAGACGUCCACCAGGUGGUGAAACAACACUCCGCGGAGUUGGUGAAGCUCAACCCUAAGAUGGCUGCUAGAACGAUCGCUAAACAUGCCCCGGAACUUCAUCAACAUGUUUUAAACUCAUUAACACCGGAACCAGACCUACAAUUUGCAUACUUGAAGACGGUUCUCGAGUCUGAAGCGGAGUCUCCAUCAGUUGCCGGCCCACCGGAUAGGGACUUAGUGGAGCAAUACGUACGGCUGAUGUGCAGGUUCGAACCGGAUCAUGUGUCAGAUUAUGUCAGUUUCGUCCAAUCCUCCGAUUUGAGGCUGGAAGAGCUCCUUCCGACCAUGGAGGAGACGGGUGUCAUCGACGCUGCUGUCAUACUUAUGGCAAAGGGAGGUCAGGUUCAUGAAGCCAUGGACAGACUGGUCAAACACCUAGAAACGCUCGAAUCGGCACUCCAGGGUCUCAUCUCAGGAAUACAGAGCUCCGAAGCUGACUUGCAAACAUCUGCUGAGGAACUGAUGCACUCUCUCCGCAAAUACACCCUGGUUGGCAUCUGGCUUUGCCAAGGGCAAACCAAGUCUGCUCGAGAGGGCACUAUUAGCCGACGCAGGCAGAGAUCAACGGCCAACGAUAUGCUCUCUCCGGAUGAGAAUAUGUGGCUUGAACUUAUCGAUACCAUGGUCCAGAUCACUAGACGGGUGUCCUCUACACUACAGUCACAAUCGAGUCAGCCUGCUCUUCUAGAUGGUAACACUGACACACUGAGCUACCUUCCUCGCCUCGAUACCGAUAAGCUCAUUACUCUUCUCCGCUCUCUCGUUCAAACAACUUUCACUGCUCUUCUUACCUCGACCUCCCCAAACUCGGCGAAACAACCUCCAUUGUCCUCUAGCAUCCUCACCGCAGCAUCGGCCCCCACAGCCACACCCAACAUCAGCACAAAUCUUUCUUUUCUCCGCAUCCUGCGUGCCUUUUUGACUCGUGCAGCAGCCUCAUCUCCAAACCUAGCCGACUUGCGUGGCGUCCUGGCAUCCGUGUUCGCGGCAUACGCCUAUGAAGAGUCCAUCUUGCGUCUGGCCAACCGGCUGCUAGAACGCUCGCUCUUCGUCAGCGUCAGUCAGGCAGUCGAGCUCCGACAGCGCGGUUGGCGGCCGAAGGGUUCAGCAUGUGAAGCAUGUGGGAAACGCGUGUGGGGGCCGGGGGUCAUGGGGGGACGGGAGGUUUUCGAGGCGUGGGAAGACAAGGAGCGGGAGAGGAGGAAGCGAAAAAUUCGUAAGCCAGGGGUAGGGUAUGCGCAGCACAGGAGUGGUGGAGAAGAAGAAGAGGAAGAGGAUUACACGGGGAAGGGGAAAGAGAAAGCAAGGAGUGUGGUGUUAGAAGAAGAAGAGGUGGAAGACGGCGCGCAGCGUCUCUCCCAGGUCGAUGGGGAGACCAGCCGUCACACGGAAUUUCGUAACGGUGGCUCCAGCUCCAGCCCAGACAGUAGCCAAGGCCAAGAAAUUGCCAACGCCAACGAUCACAGCACCGAGGACCACAACAACGAUGAUGACGAACGAGACAUUGACAAUGCCUUUUCUUCAAACUCUGGCAGAGACGACGACUAUGAUGACGAGAACGAAAAUGAGGACGAAGAGGACGACGAUGAAUUUCCUCCCCGUUCUUUUUCCCAGCAUGCCUUCGCGCCGCCCUUCUACGGCCGCCCGCCAACCCCCUUGCCUCCAUCACCUUCUCUGACAUCUCUGUUGCGACCAUCCCGUCCAACGACCCCCGAUGUUUCUGACGAUGAUGGUCACUCAACCGCUCAUGGGCACUCCUACCGGCAUCAUGGACACCAUGGCAACGGUGAGCCCUUGCCGCGGGCCCGACCCAAGGUCCCGACGUACGAGUACUACGGCUUUGUGCUGUACUUGUUUAGCUCGCUGUCCUUCGGCAUAUACCUUCUCUGGAGCUAUCUGCCGUCGCCGUUUCUGCAUGCGCUGGGCAUCUACUACUACCCGAACCGGUGGUGGUCGCUGGCGAUCCCGAGCUUCUUGGUGAUGCUGCUGGUGUACAUUUACGUGGCAUUGGCAGGGUAUAAUCUGGAGAUCUUGACUCUUCCGCUCAAUAGCAUUGAGACGGUUGUCGAUGAAGCAGCGAAGGUGGCAGUUGUGGACGAGAAGGGUAGGAUCAUCAGAGAUUGGGAUCAUGAAAAAGAACGGGAGAGGGAGAGGGAUCGGAGAUGGCGGGGAGAAGGUGGCAAGGAGAAAGAUAGAGACGGGAAAAGGAGGAGCUCUGGAAAAGUGAGCGGGAACAGCAGGGAGGAGAGACGGAGAAGUGGGGGAAGCACACCGUCUUUGAUCAACUGGCGAGAAGUCUGGAAUGAGGGAACGGACGCCGUCAUGGACGUGCCGUUAGCAGGUGUUUGUGAGGUCCUAUAUGGGCAGGGCAGCGCUUGGGAGAGUGAGGACGAUGAUGAUGAGGAUGUGGUUGUCACGACAUAA